AUAAACCGAUUCACUUCUAACAACUGAUCAUACUCAUUUAAAGAACUCAAAUUUAUAAUGUCUGGUCGCGGCAAAGGAGGAAAAGGUCUAGGAAAGGGAGGCGCGAAGCGUCAUCGCAAGAUCCUUCGGGAUAACAUCCAGGGCAUCACCAAGCCCGCCAUUCGUCGUCUCGCCCGCCGUGGAGGAGUCAAGCGAAUCUCUGGCCUUAUCUACGAGGAGACACGUGGCGUUCUCAAAGUCUUCCUUGAGAACGUUAUCCGUGACGCGGUCACCUACACCGAGCACGCCAAGCGCAAGACUGUCACCGCCAUGGACGUGGUCUACGCUCUGAAGCGACAAGGCCGAACCCUGUACGGAUUCGGCGGCUAGACUAUCUAGUCAACUCAAACAAACACCGGCUCUUUUAGGAGCCACCACAUGCAACAAAAGUCAUGCCAAAUGCGUUGUUUGCCCUUUUCAUAUGGUGUUCAAGCUCGAGUUAUUGAAAAAAAAAAAGCUGUGUUACUCGUAAAA